GCCUGUCAGUCCGUCCUGAGGGUUGAAUUAGUUUACGAUCAAUUUUUGACAACUCAUUUAAAAUAGUCUUGUUUUCUCCGGACGGUGAUAUAACCUUAAUAUAUAACCUAAUGUGUUGUUAUGAUUGUAGAAACUUUUCUUCUGUUUGUUACGUUGCUUAUAAGAAUAUGAAACCUAAUGUCGUUUUACGUAGCGUCGACUAAAAUGAAAGGAGAAGUGAAAGUUAAAGUUUGAACGGAAAUCAUCAGGAAAUCUACGAGUAAAAGUGUUCUUGUCCUGCAUCUUUUGGGCUCUGCAAGAUGGCAUCAUUGGCUGAGAACCUGUAUUUCAUUAUCACAGAAAAGGAUAAACUGUUGCCCCUCAUCAGUCCAGGCCGCUUGUGCUACAUCACUAAAUUUAAGUAUGAAUCAGAACACAAGAAAUACGACCCUGUCAAAAAGUUGCCAGUGGUCUUUCUACCAUCGCACACACUGCUAUCUUUUGAAAUGGAUGUUAGCUGCAUGGAACAGCUGAGCGAGGAGCACGCCAUGCUGCUCUUGGCUGUGGAUAAGGACUCUGAGAGGCUGAAGUGGUUCCGAACAAACGGGGCCCUCCAAACGGCAGCAGGUCUCACUGUGGGUACCGUGGUCUCUGUGGAGGAAGGAGGUGAGACUCUCAGAGGAACCAUCCGCUACAUUGGGAAAUUGGCAAAGUCAGGAUAUCCAUCUUCUUCAUCAGGGACAUAUUUUGGGAUUGAACUGAUGGGAGCAGACAGUGGGAAGGGUAACACUGAUGGAUGCUACCACGCACAAUUCCUCUUCUCCUGUAAGAAAAAUGGUGGACUUGUUGUCCCAUUCUUCAAAAUCAGGCCUGUGGUUCCGAGCUCCUUGACAUCCUCAGUUCCUCAUUCCCCAACACAGCCAGAGCAGGACCCAAUCAACAUCGGGGACCGAGUCACUUACAUCAGCGGCCAGUGCUGUGGCCGUGGGAUGGUGCUGGAUGUUCAGGAACGGGACAGUUGUGUCUUCUUUCGGAUCUCCACAGACACAGAUGAGAACGGGAAGACAGGUGGUGAAGUUGAACUUGCAUCAGACUUUGUCUUUAAGGGCGAGAUUCCUGAAGAGUCUCAGAAUAUGGACGUUGACGCUCCACCAGUGGACCCAGACAUGGACACUGACUGCUUGUGUCUGGGUGUGAACUCUUUGGUCGAAGUGACUUUGGGUAAAGGUAAUUCAUACGGGACCAUUCGUUGGAUUGGCAUGCUGCCUGACCGAGAGGAAGUCAUGGCUGGACUGGAGCUGGAUGAUGACAAUGGAGUGAGUGAUGGUACCUUUAAGAACGAACGGUUCUUCUCCUGUCCUCCAAAGAGGGCGCUAUUCGUGAAACUAAGGUCCUGCCGUCCGGAUUCCCGCUUUCACAGUAUGCCAGCCAAUCACAGCGAGAUGAUGCCAAACCAUAAAGAAACAGAGAAUCUGGAGCCAGUUCCUCCUGUCGGCUCUGAGCAGGUUCGUCAGAUGCUGAUUGGACGAAUGAAGGGGAUCCAAGGUCAUUGUAACUCCUGCUACAUGGAUGCUGCCCUCUUCAGUUUGUUCGCCUGCUCCUCCGUGCUGGACUCCAUGCUGUUUAAAGCAACAGACCCUGGAGAUGCCCCCAUUCAAAAGAUGCUGCUGCACAACAUAGUCAACCCCUUACGCAGUCAGGGCUUUGUUGAAGGCCGGCACAUCAUGAAGCUCCGGCAGCAGCUGCAGAACCAAGGCUACAGCCGCUCCUUCACCACGGAGGAGAAGGAUCCGGAAGAGUUUCUCAUUGUCAUCAUGCACCACAUUCUCAACCUGGAGCCUCUCCUCAAACUCUCAGCAGGUGGUAAAGUGCAGGAGAGUUACUGCUAUCAGAUCUUCCUGGACCAGAGCCACAGCCUGAUGCUGCCCACGGUGCAGCAGCUUCUGGAACAUUCCUUCCACAGUGCAGGACUCAAGCUGGCAGAGGUGCCUUCCUGCUUCAUCCUCCAGAUGCCUCGUUUUGGGAAGAAAUUCAAGAUGUUUGACAAAAUCAUUCCGUCUCUGGAACUGGACAUAACCAAUCUCCUCUCUGAGGGGCCUCAACAGUGCAUACUGUGUGGAAAUGUGGCCCAGGAAGAGUGCAGUGACUGUUUUCAAGAUCCCGUUUUCAGCCGAAUAGGAUUCAAACUCUUCUGCAGGAAGUGUUCCGAUCAGGUGCACUCUCACCCACUGCGCCGCUCUCAUAAACCGGCUGCUCUCGUGAUUCCCAAAGGUUACAUGGGCCGCGGCAUCCCCCACGCCAUGACCCGGGACAAACUGGAGCUGUUUGCGGUGCUCUGCAUCGAGACCAGCCACUAUGUGUCCUUCAUCAAAUACGGCCCAGACAGUCAGGACUGGAUCUUCUUCGACAGCAUGGCCGACAGACAAGGAGAAAGCGACGGCUUCAAUAUUCCCGAGGUGCUGCAUUGUCCGGAGGUCGGAAAGUACCUGAGUAUGUCCCCUGCGGAUCUCUCCAGUCUGGUGCCACGAGACAUGAAAGGUGUGGCAAAGCGUCUGUUCUGUGACGCCUACAUGUAUCUGUACCAGAACACCAGCAUGUGUCUGUAUUGCUGAGGGGACUGUCACCACCACGCGCUCAUGAUCGCACAAUUCGACUGAAAGGAAAAACAAUAAAUGUGUAAACUCAAGAAUGCACCAUGUGGAGGGGAUGUUCUCAGGUUUGGAUCAUUUGUAGCCUCAAUUUUGUCAUAUCUUAAAAGGAAACGUACAAGCUAACUUUGAAGCGUGAGGCUCUGUGAUGUACUUAGAAGGAAAGUUGACAGUCAUCAGUUACAGUUUGAGACAAAGUGUUUUGCACACAUCUUUUAAGACUUCAUAGUCUGGUUCUUCCUCUUGGUGUUUGGUAAUCCUCUUUAAAGUUACAUUUUGUAAUUUAAUGUUAUACUUUGUUGUGCAAACAUAAAUGCCUUAAAGUCACCAAAGGAUGGUAUUGAUAAUACCGUAGCAAAAUAUAGAAGAAAUUCUUUUCUAUAAAAAAAAUAAAUAAAUAAAAAUCUUCAUCACCAUUCUACCUUAAUACUUCCUGGUUAAUUAUAGUUCAGGGUGAUUAAUGAUCACUUAGUUUGAUAUUCUAGAGGAAUUUUAGUUGUUGGGAUUUUUGCUUCUUUUUUUAAAAAUUUGUAAGUAGGGUGAAUGUGGGAUAUAUAUGAGAUUACAAUUUAAUUUCUGAAAAAUUGUACGCUGGAUUUUUUUUGUAUGAAAAAUGCAUUUUUCUAUAUAAUAUUUUUGAUUCUGGAAUAUCUGUAUUGUCUGGAUACACGUUUCACAUAAUUCUGCAAAAUUGCACUUCAUUGGUAAAGUUACUAUGUAGUUAAAUUUCUGACUUUUUCCAGUU